CGUAUGUUAUCAGCACAUCAUCCCACGUGCUGUGACAAACAGUGAUAUAGGGAUAUAUUUAGCAAUGGUCCUUUUCAAGAAAUGUAGUUUCGUUUUUCAAUUGUUAUCAUAAUGUAUAACAGUCUUUGAUGGACUAAACAACUCAGAGCAUAUCAGUAGAAUAGAAGUCUGAGAUGUAACAAACAGCAGCUAUGAAGUGCCCAAAUGCCGACUGUGGGACGGUGCAAAGUGAGGGGAAAUUCUGCAUCGAAUGUGGAACACAAUUUGAGCCAAGAAAAACAGAGCUUAUAAACUGUACUGGAAAAGAUGGCGAUGGUAAACCAUGCGACGCAGCUAUCAAAUCGAUUCAAAAGUUCUGUUUUAACUGUGGCAGAAAAGUUGACCCAAACGAGUUUAUUAUUGGGAGUUGCCAACAAUGUGGCGCAGAAUGUCCUGUUACCGAGAGGAUGUGCAAGGUGUGCUUAGAAACCGAGUCAACAGGCGAAGGGGACUCUGUAUCGAUAACAAUCACGCACACAGAACCAAACAGUGGCGAUGAUGACAUAUCAGUUAAUAAAAAUUCUGCUAUGGCUCAAAGUAAGGAAACGUCUGAUGCUCAGGAGGAUCAACCUCAAACAUCUUUUUUGGAGAGUAAUCCAGAAGAACAUUUGGAGAAUAAAUCAGAAGAACCCCUGCAAAGUACAACAAGUACGCGUCAUGAUGGACCUGAACCAGAGGUUAUUCAGGUGGAAAAGAGUGAUACCAUUAUAGAAAAUCAGAUACAGAAUGACAUUAGCAAGCUUGUUGCUAUAUCGGACAAUCCUGUAAAGAUUAUUGACGAUAAGGCAGAUGUUCAAGAACAAAAAACAAACUUGAGAGGUUACGGAAAGUAUCCCAUUCUACGAUCAAUCUCGUUAGCAUCGGGUAAUGCUGCACCCUCUUUACAGCCACCAACUUCAGAAAUCAAAGAUGAAAAUUCCUACAAGAUUGAAACUGAAGUAAAUACUGACAGUGUUACUGACUUCGCUUCAGGAAAUGAUGAAAAUACAUCAAAGACAUCACAAAUGGGAACAUUUGAUAAUACCAUGGAUCCUUCCUACCAAUCUUAUGUUUCAAAAAGCAGGAGUGAUAACGACAAUAUUGUACUUGAUCGCGCAGAUGACAAGCAACAGUUAAACUUAGAUGAUGAAACUGCUGCUAGUGUUAUGUCUGAACGAAGUGAGAGUAUUAAUUCGGAUGAUGAUGAGUCUGGUUCGGAUUUUGAUGAGAAUGAGGAACAAGUUAUUGAUAAAAACAGCCAACACGAUACAAAAUCUAUUGUAAAAGGAAAACGAACAAGAAUUAGGAAACACACAAAUAACCCAGCGGGCUCAAAAGCAAAGAGACGACUUAAACAUGAGAAAAAAUCCGAACAAUUGCGUGCUAAACAGGAACAAACACACCACGUUAAGGAAGGAAAAGAUGAUUAUCAACCUAAAGAUUCUACAUCAAAUGACUCUUCACAAAAUAAAACUGUUCCAAAGAAGGUUUUUGGGAUGGAGAAAGACGCUACAUUGGCAGGAAAAACAAGUACUGAUGAUGAUACAGGGGAAGUCCAAACUGAACUAAAAAGUGUCGCUUUGUUGUUCAUUGAAAAUGAGAAAAAACUUACACAGACUUCAACACAUGCUCAUUCAGCAACUCAAAACACAAACAUUGCAAAUGUGAACUAUUCUGUGCAAACCAAGAAAACAACUUCUGGCAGUUCUGAACAAAAAAGUAUGACGGACAAUAAUAAAACUCGGAAGAACCAAUCACAAGAAUGCGUUGAUAUGAAGACUCAACAGCCGACGCUGCCAGCAGAUAACUCGAGGGACAUGGUCACAGUUAUUUUUCACGCUCUGGUUGCUAAGAAGAUGCUGGCAAAUGGAGGGAAAGUGGUUUUGGUAUUUGAUUUAGAUGAAUGGAAGACUAAUACACAGGAAGCUAAUAAAGGAAGAGAAUUUGGAAAGUUUGUUGAAUAUACAUACGUGCGACAGAUUCACAAAAGCAAUUUGACUAAGGGAGUCCAAUACAAAUAUUGUAUUGUUUUGAGUGAAACAAAUGUCGUGUUUGAAGAUUAUUUCAUUCAUAGAACAAUGAAUAAAGCAGAUAACAGAAAAGUCGUUCUGCCAAACGGACAGCAAGUACAAACCUGGCACCAAUAUGAUGGCAUGGUAAUUAAAGCAAACGACAAAGGCCUUUUGAAAAAGUUUUGGGACUUCCUUCGAGACAAAGUGAAGAAAACCUGUGAAAAGCAUCUGAAGCUUUUUGUUAGUGCGUUUGCGCCCCUUUGGUUCAGACCAGAAGCAGAUAUGAACUCGUUAUCAGAAACUUUUCGAGAAUCACUCGAGAGCCUUGAUGCUAUUAUUGGGGGUUUACGGAAGGUUUAUCGGUAUGAUGCGAACUUAUUUGACAAUGAUCAACGUUUUCUCAAACAGAUUGCAGAUGUUCUGUUCGACCCAAUAUUGAAAAGUUUGCAGAAAAACCCUACUCAUGGACAACGGGUUACACACGCAAUGGUUAUAGCAAUCGUCUGUCACAGAUUGCAAGUUGUUUUGUCGCAUGAACAUUGGCAGCUCAUUUGUAGAUGCAUGCAUGUGAAUCCAGAUCCACAUAAAAAGACAUGCCAUGAAUUAUUGGAGUUGAAAACAUCUUUCCAAAAUGAAAAAAUGAUAAAUGGCUUGGUGUACGUUGUUAAAUGUUCAACAAUGUACUACAAGGAUCCUUCUUGGAUGUUUUGCUUGCCACUACUUCAUUUCACAAUGGGUUUGUGUCAACCGUAUGAUCAGCCUGAAGAAAAUUUAGAACAUGCAGCAGGUGUUCCCCAUUGGUGGGGUAUUGUUCCAAUAAAAGACACGGUUCAAGCAUUUUGGAAAAAUGCUAACAAAUGGAUUGUACCACUUGAUACUUUACUGCAGCAGAUGCAUCCUUUAUUUGACAUGGACUUUUAUUUGUCACGAAGUAUCAUAGCCGCAUUGCACCCUACCGAAUUGUUCGAGAUAAUACACGACCCGUAUCCUCAGUUCCCUGUGGAAGUGCUGGCUGCAUCAUUGCUUUACUGGUCCCGUCAUACAAUUAAUCAAUUUUAUUCCGGCUCCAAUUAUUGUUUAGUGGACGUAGCCGAUGACACAGAACAGGCAGUGCUUAAGUGCCUCGAGGGUUUGGUUCAACGGAUUAUUAAGGACGACGUGGGUUCCGAUAUGUCCCUAGCCACGUUGUCGAUGGCUUACAAGAUUUGCAAUGAAGCAGUCGACAGAAUGUAUUCAUCAAACAGGGUUUUAAAAUUUUUACCAUGGGCACAAAUGUUUAUUCACUGCAUAUCCUGGCAUGCACGUAAAAUGGAAUUGCCGGAUCAGAGAGAACUUAAAGUCAACCAGCCGAAUUAUGAAGUGCACGUUAAUGUUGUUGUGGGAAACGUUAUUCAAUGGCUACAAUAUUACAACUCAACUUCCUGGUCCACGAGCAUGCGAACAUAUUUAAACAUUUGGAAUUAUGCAUACUUUGAGCAGUCUACGGGAUUUGGAUUUUUCAAGCAGUGGCACACUCAGUUAGACUCCGCGCUCCAUAGGCAGUUGAUGUAUGAGCUUUCCAAUCAUUCGCAUAUGAAAAGCGAAUUCGUGAAAAUGUACUGUGAAGAAGUUGACAAAUUCAAGAAACCUAUGCAAGAAUGCCUUACUUCCGUGGCAUUCUCGGCCAUCGACGAAGGCUACAAUGUCAAUUAUCAAAAGUGGAAUAGACUUGAAAAAGAACGACUUCGAGACCUGAUGACAACUCUCUUUAAAAAGCACUGGGCGUCGUACAUGGAAGGUUGUCAUGGCGAUCAGCAGUCCUUUCAAGUAUUAAACAUGGCAUUAAACUGGCCUCCUGUCCAACUAUUUCUUCGAAAUAAAGGUGAAGGAAGCGAGAACCAGCUGUUACAUGCGGAUUGCAGAACAGAUCUUGACGUCAUCAUACAGAUAUGCGAAAGUCACUGGGAAUCGCUCUUCGAAGGCCAUGUUGAAAUUGGAAUGCUGAAAAAGAUUGAAACACAAUCUGGUGUAUUUGCUGACACGAUGAAAUUACUGCGACCAAAUGACAAGAAAAUAAAAGAUCUUGUUUUGAAAACAGUUAUAACCCGGAUGAAAGAACUGGAAGCAUUUCAGAGACAGGCAAAAUUGAUGUCUGUUUUGGUUAACCAUUGUAACGGUAUUAGUGUUGACACACAUGCGAUUGACAAAGUUCUUAGGGAAGUGACACAUCUUGAUGGUCAGCCCUUAAACAAGUAUUGCAAACCUGAAGUUGUCACAUCUCAACGCCAUGCAGUUGAACACCACAUCAAUGCACUCAAUGUGCCAAACGUCGUGUUGGACAUUUUGCCAAGAUUGGAAGUGCUUGAACAAAGUUUUGUGUUUGAAAAGAUGUGGCAAUUGGCAUGUAACAAGGAUGGACACAGCUGUUCAACUCUUGAAGAGGUCGUUGCAAUAAUUUGGACACCUGUUGAAAAAAGGUGGAAAGAAUUUGGAGUUAAACUGGAAACAGGAAAUAUCAUGUUUAACGAGUUCAAUUCAAUGUUUAAUCACUUCCGAGAUGACGAAAAACGUCUUGUGUCCGAAAUAACAACCUUUGGAAUUUCAGAGAACAUUGCAUGCAAUCGGAUCCGUCAAGCUCAUGAGCACAUGCAACUGCAGUCCUGUGUCAGUGGCGCUAAAGCGCUUUUAAAAGUUCAGCGCAAGUACAAUCUGCGAGGUGACUUUGAAGCGAUCAAAAACAUAUCUGAACACAUUGAUCACCACUUUAAAAUGAAAGACUUUGACACAAGAUUGAUGGCCACAUUCCAAGUUCUUAAGGGGAUUUCUGAACAGCAAGUCCAAUGUUUGGAAGUGUUUCUUAAGUGUGAAAACCUAAUAUUGUGGCUCAAAGAGUCAAUGAAAGCAGCUGGACAAAAGGAAUUGAAAGUAUUCGUAGACCUUGCUAUGAUGUCGGCUGGGGACGAUCCGAUGAACGAACGAAAAGUGCGAUGUCUGCACUCAGCUGUGCUGGGCUAUUCACCACUUAUUUUUGAGCUGAACGCUAACUCUGACUGUGACUAUAGUGCAUUAAUAGACAAAUGCAAAGUUGUUUGGAAAGAGCUUGAUGCUAAUCCAAAUUUACCUAAACAGUUGGUUGAUACAGACAGAGAACUUCCUUGGCUCAAGGAAAUCAAGAAAGCUCAUGGCUCAGUCGAAGUAACGUCAUUGAUGCAAGCGGAUGCUAUAAACAAUGAUGGUGUUUACACUGUUGGGUUAAUAUCUGGAAUAGAAAGCUCCAAUGCUGACAUUAUGAAAAAGGAUGUUAUUAAAUUAACGGUACCCGAAAAAGAACACAAGCGUCAGAUCAGAAGCUAUACCUUCGCGCAGCUACAAGAUCUACAAAGUCGCUUGAUGUUGGUCGCUGGCAAAAGAACGCUCGACAAGAAGAAUGUUGAAGUGGAUGUUGAAAUGUUCACCUCGGUGUUUGAUAGCGUUACUCGUCUGGGUAACGUGUUUAGAAAACUGUGUUUGACAGGCUGUGUGUUGUUCAACAGUUGGAGAGCUACAUUCAUGUGCAACACAAGCAGACGGGUUUGCGUUAUACUCGCAUUUGGUGAAGGAAAUGAUGUACCUAAGCUGAAGGGUGGUGUAUCAAAUGAAGAAGGUUUGCAAAAUGUAAUUCCUGACCUUGCAAAAUUCAUGGAAAAGUGUUUGGAGGAAUGGUUACAAUACAUUAGAACUAAACGAGUUGAAUAUUUUUACCUGAACUAUUUUACGGUUGAUCAGUUAGUCAUACUUCAACGAGAGCUUGUGAAAGUUGGGCCAGACAAAGCGCCUUCAAAUCAUAUAUACCCGCUGUUGUCAGCUGUGAAACAGGAUUGCACACCAGCUGAUUUAGUAGCAGCUUUAAAACUCGCGAAAGAGGAAGUGGAUAAUCGCACUAUAAAAGAAGAUGCUGACAGCUCUAUAAGGACAUCAAACAAGGAGAGUAAUGAGGACAGCAAUGCGGUUGUUCUGAAUGAGAAAAAAAUUGCAUUUGUUCAUGAACUUGUUGCUGCAGGGAUUGAGGAGUCAUUAGCACUUCGAUCUAUCGAUCACAUUGACGUGAAAGAUAUUGAAUCCAAGGACGUAACACAAGCAUUGUUAUGGUGCAUGGAUGAAGGCGAAAUGCACCAGAGCACCAGCCCAUUAAAGGAUGACAUUGACAUUGGGGAACCCCCAAACACUUCUCAGUCAUUUUCUGGCUGGAACGAUUCAACUUCCACCAUGGCCUCCAUUAUUAAAGCAAAUCUAGCCAAACUACAUGAGCAUAGUGCGGGUGUAGCUGAACUGAUACAGGGCCUUUCCGAAUUCUGGAAGAGCUUCUUGGGUUCUAUCUCCUCCAACAUCAGCGACUAUCUUAAUCUCGAGUAUUUGGGGAUCGUCCUGAAGUAUCUUGCAGAACAAGAGAAAAUUCACAGAAAACUUGCAACAAGCUUCAUUGAGGGGGAGCCAAAUCUUAUUAUUUGCCCUACAGAGGAUAUACCGAAGGUGACACUGUCAGUCUAUAUGCAUGACAAAGAACAACCUCUUCCUUUGUCUGAUGAAGUUUUGGUGUGUUCGUCAUUAACGUCAAAGGACGAGGUGGACAUAUUUUGGCGUCGGGCAAUAUUUGGAGCUGGAGGAAAGAUCCAUUGUCUCGUGAAUGCAGAUUUGUUGGACUACGAUGUCAGUGCGGCUGCAGAGCAAAAUCUGGAGGAAUACAUUCUGGAGACAAAACACAAAUCAGAAUUAAAAUACAGACUAUUUGUAAUAUGUGGGUCAGACAAUGAAUAUCGCUCUCCGUUUGUGUCAUUCCUGGACAAGUAUGUUCGACAGGUGCAAACUGUCAAUCCAACAUUGCUGAGAGAAUAUGUUGCAGAAAAAUUAGUAGUCCCCAGAACCAGAACACAGUCUGCCUCAAGCAUUGACUUUAAUAGGUCAUCAGCACGUAUUGUGAAAUCGAGUCGGGCAGGUGUAGGAAAGAGCUUGUAUGUAAAACGUCGUGCUGAAGCUCUGUCCAUUCAGUUUGGUCAGAAAUUGAAGAACCUGGAUACCAAACUAGUGUCCAUACCAUUACAAGAAAAGAACAUUGACAUUGAUGAUGUGAUUCAGAUAUUACUUUUACACACACCAACACCAGGGAUGAAGACGGCGAGGAUAUUUCAUAUUGACAUCUCCCACGAGGUGCAAGAAGGAAUAGACUUCCUUCUGUUCAAUCUUCUUAUCCUGAACUGCUUGAUGGACAAGAACGGCUAUGUAUGGAGAAGGAGCAUAGACGACAUGUGUUUGAUUGAAACGAUGCCAAUCAUGAAAGUGACCCAUGAAAAGCAUGAGAUACAGUACGCACAUCCGAUGUUCGACAUACUACCAGACGUGACAUGUAGAUCACCAGAAGAGAGUUUCGGUGUAUAUUCUGGUGAUGCACGCAUCAAACCAACAGACUUCAAGAUGACGGACCAACUUUUUGACGAGAAGAAGUUCAGAAGCCCGGUCUUCCAGCGCACUUUCCAAUAUCUGCAACGGUUGGACAGUGGUAAAGUCAUGAAUGAUGUCAACCCCGGGAGUCCUGAAGGGGAUCCCAAAUCGUGUUUGCAGGUUUUAUUACGACGUUGCGGUGUGAAGAAUCCCUCAUGGUCUGAGCUGCAUCACUUUGUGUGGUUCCUCAACACUCAACUUGUGGACUUUGAACAAAAUGCGUUUGUGGGCAUGGCUGCAGCAGAAGAUCUGCCUGGAUUUGCAACAUUUGUUCUGCGGUUCCUGAUGCAGAUGUCAAAGGACUUUUCAACAAGAUCACUCAAGAUCAGCGAGGAAUCGCCGGGUUGUGCACCAUUGGAUGACAUGAACGAGGAGGAAGAGGAAGAUGACGAAACUGUCUUAAACCGUUUAUCAUUGAGACGAACUUGGGAAAGCAGUCCACAUCCCUAUCUGUUUUUCAACUCGGAUCACUUCACCUUCACUUUUUUGGGUUUUUUCAUUCAACGAGCUACAGGGAAUUUAAUAGAUCAGCAGACUGGCCUGUUACUUGAACAAGGCAUAAUGGCACAGAAUUUGUAUGAUGGAUUAGUGAGGAAUCGUGCACCAUUACAAGAAAACUUUGACUGUCUCCCAAGAGACCAAAAAAUACUGAAAUUAUGCAACAUUAUGGGCAUAGAGUUCCCACAUGAUCCAGACAGUACCUAUGAACUGACAACAGACAAUGUUAAGAAAAUCAUGGCUAUCUAUAUGAGAUUCCGAUGUGACAUUCCUGUUAUUGUAAUGGGUGAAACUGGUUGUGGUAAAACACGUCUGGUCAAGUUUAUGUGUGCCCUUCAAUGUCCACCAGGAGUCAACGUCAACAAUAUGAUCCUGAUGAAGAUACAUGGUGGAACAACUAAAGAUGACAUAAAAAGAAAGGUGCACACAGCAGAAGUGAUUGCAAAGAAAAAUGUGGAGGAUUAUGGCCGCCAUAUGUACACAGUACUGUUCUUUGAUGAGGCAAACACCACUGAAGCGAUUCGAAUAAUCAAGGAGAUCAUGUGCGACAGAUCCAUAUGUGGCGAGGCCCUGAAACUGUGCGAAAACCUGAAAAUGAUUGCAGCGUGCAACCCAUACAGAAAACACCCAGAAGAGCUGAUUAAGAAGCUAGAGCAAGCCGGUUUGGGCUACCAUGUUGAUGCUGACGAAACAACAGAUAGACUUGGCAGAGUACCAAUGAGACGACUGGUGUACAGAGUCCAACCACUUCCACAAAGUUUGCUACCACUUGUAUGGGACUUUGGACAGCUAGACACUGAAGUUGAGAAGUUGUACAUAUGCCAGAUGGUCAAAAGAGCUGUGGUUGAACAACGCCUACCGAAUAAAUCUGGCUUGGUGGAAAUUGUGAGCAGCGUCCUUGCAACAUCACAGAAAUACAUGCGGGAUCAGAAGGAUGAAUGCAGUUUUGUUUCAUUGAGGGAUGCCGAGCGUGUCCUGUUGGUUAUGGCAUGGUUUUACGAUCAGGCUAAUGAUAACAGGUUUUUGUUUGAUGCCAUGGAUGCUAAACUAGAGGAGAAUGAAGAAAAUGAUGACGAUGAUGCCAUUGAAUUAAAUAGACUGGACGAUUUGACUCGCUGUUUGGUUCUUGCAAUCGGGGUCUGCUAUCAUGCCUGUUUGAAAACACGACGUGCGUAUAGAGAAACCGUAGCAGCUGAGUUUAUACAACCAUGCCUAUUGCCAAAUGGGGCUGACCAAAUAUUGCAAGAAAUAGAAUGUUGCCAAGAGGUAUUUCUGGACAAUGUGAAACUUGACAAUAAUAUUGCCCGCAAUACAGCGUUGAAAGAGAACGUCUUCAUGAUGGUGGUUUGCAUUGAAUUAAGGAUACCACUGUUUCUUGUUGGGAAACCUGGAAGUUCAAAGUCCCUCGCGAAAAUAAUUGUUGCUGAUGAGAUGCAGGGUAACAGCGCCCGACACCAGUUGUUUAAACAUCUUAAACAGGUUCAGAUGGUCUCUUUUCAAUGCAGUCCGUUAUCCACACCAGAUGGCAUUGUUGGAACCUUCCGACAAUGUGCAGAGUUUCAGAAAGAUAAGGACCUAGAUACGUUUGUAUCUGCUGUUGUUCUGGAUGAGGUCGGACUGGCGGAAGACAGCCCACGCAUGCCACUGAAGACAUUGCACCCACUUCUGGAAGAUGGAUGCCAAGGUGAUGAAACACCGGAACGUUUCAAGAAAGUUGCUUUUAUCGGUAUCUCCAAUUGGGCUUUGGAUCCCGCCAAGAUGAACAGAGGAAUCUUGGUGCAGCGGGAGGUGCCAGAUCUGGAGGAAUUGAUCACAAGCGCAAAAGGCAUUUGUCAAACAACUGAAGAUGUUGAAUCAUUUUUGGAUCCUUUCAUUGAACCGUUGUCAAGAGCAUAUCUGGAGGUAUUCCAAAGGGCAUCUGACAGGAUGCGUGAGUUUUAUGGACUCCGAGAUUUUUACAGUUUGGUGAAAAUGGUUUAUGGCUUUGUGGCCAAUAACAAAAGAAAGCCGACAUGGUUGGAAAUGCUGCAUGCAAUCAAGAGGAACUUUGGAGGGUUAGAUCUUGUGGACCCUGAAGCAUGCUUCAAACAACACCUGCAAACUGUCAUCUCGUGUGAAAGAAUCACAGAUCCCAAACAGGAUGGCCCUGAUUGUAGUGCCAAAGGACUGAUUGAAGCUUGUCUUUUUGAUUCAUUAAAAUCACAAGGGGAAAGUCGGUAUUUGCUGCUAUUGACUGAUAAUUAUGGAGCAUUAUCGAUGAUCCAGCAACAAAUCUUAUCCAAGAGAAGUGAGAUUAGGCCAAUCACCAUUUUUGGUAGCAGUUUCCCAAGUGACCAGGAAUACACACAGGUUUGCCGCAACAUAAACAAGAUCAAGGUCUGCAUGGAGACAGGAAACACUGUCGUGUUGUUGAACUUGGAGAAUCUGUACGAGAGUCUGUAUGACGCAAUGAAUCAAUACUAUGUGGAGUUUGGAGGGGACAGAUUCGUGGAUCUUGGCCUUGGAACACACAGAGUUAAAUGUCCAGUUCACAAAAAAUUCAGAUUGAUCGUCGUUGCCGAGAAACAUACCGUGUACAAAAAGUUCCCAAUCCCACUCAUCAAUCGACUGGAGAAACAUUUCCUCACAGUGAAUACAAUUCUGGAUGACCGACAGCUAAUCCUUGCUAAGAAACUGCAGGGCUGGGCAGAAGCAUUUGUAGCUGAACCCGAUAGUUUUAUUUACAGUCAUGCAAAUAGGAGACAGAUGCAGGUCGGAGAAAUUUUCAUUGGAUUUCACGAAGACACCUGUUCUGCUAUUGUGAUGGAUGUUUGUGAAAAACAUGCGGACAACAUGGAUUCACUUUCCGAUGAACAGGUUCUUGAAGAAGCAAAGAAGAUCCUGCUGUGGUGUGCCACACCCGAAUCCAUUUAUCGUGAAAACAAACUGUACAGUACCGAGCGUGAAAACAUGAAAAGGCAUUACAAUGUGGACCAGGUUCAUGUCAGCGCCAUUGGGUACUUACACCAUAUGAUUGAGGCUAAAAAAAGCCCCCAGCUAUUUACACAGAUAACGUGUCAUUCUAAAUUGUUGGCUGCAAAUCACGAGAAAGAUAUCAUCAACGCCAUCUCCUCUCUGCAACGCGUUGAAAUUCUAUCAUUGUCCUCGUUUGAUACAGAGCAGCAGUUUAGUAAUCGAGUCCAGCAACAUUUUGUGUUCAAUCAGAAUCAGCCUAGCCUGCUGAUUAUACAGUGUGAUUCUGGAGAUACGAAAUCUGACUUGAUAGCAUGUGGGCGGCACUGUGUGAUGGAUGAGUUUGAAAAAGUACGGGACGUUUUGGAGUCUCCCUCUCAUAUUGCAAUCAUUGUUCAACUGCCGAGAAAAGCUGGCGGAUGCUUCACGGGAUUCCAGUGUGGUGAAUGGCAUUCGGUUCAUAUUGACGAUCUGUACCCUGAAGAUACCACCCUUCCAAGAAUCAAUGAAAUCCAAGACAAAGCUGUCAGUGAACUGUUUUACAGACAAAGUCGUGCGGAGAAAUAUGGUGAGGUAAUGCAGACUGAGCGUGGCGAUGAAAAUUUAGACGGGGAAUCCACACGACAGGCUAUGGGCGUUGACCAAGAACCUAAUGCUGAAUUUGAAAUGCACGAGGGUCAAAUAAAAAACAUAUUGGGACUCAUUACGAAAUGUGUUCAGCCUGCUCUUGCAAUGGUUAAAAAUCCAGAACAUUUUUACGAAAGGGAAACAAAACGUGUAGAUAUUGUAUUGACCUUCCUGAGAACCACUGCUGAAACACGCGCAGACAAUGAGGGAUUUAUAACUGGAAUAAUCCAAUGGCUUGGCACGUUGCUGAAAGAAAAAGAAAAAGAUGUUACAUGGUACCUAGCGAAGCAGUGGAUCACCAGAGAUGCAGCUGCCAUUGAUAACAUCAACAAAAAUGGGACAUUUCGACGGUCCUGUUAUCAAACGAUCGUAUCUAAAGUGAAGCCAGUGCUAGCUGGAAUAUUUGCAUUACUAGACACAAAUAGAAACCUGGAUAUGGUUGUAUGUGAUCUCACAUGGAAAAGGGAUUUUUGGCUCAAAUGUCUGAACCAUAUAGAUUUUCUUCAGAUGAAGUACUCGGACUUGCAGUCGCCAAAGCGUAAAAGUGAGCUUGGAGAAAUGAUAGUGCCUUGUACAGGAUUUGAAGGACACCAAUUCAAACUGAGAUUUCCAUUCUCAUGGUUGAUACUCGAGACAGUCGAAACCUUGUUUAGUGACCUUGUGUUUAAAGGAGAUGGAACUGAUCGACUAGAGAGAUGUACCUUAGGAUUAAGGUCUUGUUCUGCUGGUCACAUGAUUUCGGAGCUUCAAGUUGUAUUGUGUGCCAAUCAGGACUUGGAAUUGCGGAACAGUUCCAACCCAACCCUUCAUGAAGUGAUGGAAGACUACAUUCACGACGUUGUACAAACUGUAUACAACGCUGAAAGAGAAACAGAACUAAAUAUUGUGUGCAAAAUGCUGAUGUUCAAAACUCUCAGCAUUUGUGAAUCAAACGGUGCAACAACUGAUCUUAUAAGUUACAUUGUAAGCGCCCGAUUUGCCUUCGAGGAGCUGUCGUGCAUACUCUCAUAUUUCCGAAGCGUGAACCACAUCUGGCCAGAUUGCAGUGCAAAGAUAGAAGAAAUACAACAAUCCAAUCCUGACCAUAUAAUGUUCAAAGAACACAAGUUUACAUUCGCUAUGUUGUGCCUUCUUAUUGAGGACCUCAAUCCUUCACCGAAAGAUUUGGAUGACAAAAGCGAACAACGCAAAUGUCUUGAAAGAGUGUAUCUAUAUCGACCAGUUGUAGAAACGAUCCUCCAACUUCGAGGCGAGGGUGCAUUUUUUGACAAUCACAGUUUUGCAUCUGUGAAAAGAGCAAAGUGCAUGUGGAGUCGAGUGUUAGUGAUGAAGUUAUUCCUGGAAAACGUUUGCAAGAAAGAGACCAAAGACAACAUAACAAUCAAGCACUGUAGACCUUUGUGGGUGCUUCUUGGUGAUGAAACAGACUUUAAAGAAUCAAGAUCUUUUAUGGCUAUGGAAAAGUUCCUUAAAAUGUGUAACAAGACUGCUGUGAAAGACAGUAUUGGGUCUGAAGUAAGAUGUAGCCGCUGCGAAGAAUUACUGCAGAGUGCACCCAUCUCGGUGCCUUGUACAGCCAGACACAUUAUUUGUCAUACAUGCUGUGGUGAAAUGAAAGCUCUUCUCGAACGUAAAUGCCCAGAUUGUAACGAGGAAUUUGAAGACCACUGGAACCCUGUUGUUGACGAAAAUAGAAAGAUUGGCAAUGAGAAGCUGGAGAAAUACCAGCAGCGGUGUAACACAUUCUUUUUGGAGGUGGUUUCUCAACUGUGCUUUGCUGAUGAAGAGCCACCAUCGGAAGAAGUACUUAGCAAGCUUCUUAGCUAUGUAACUUGUACUUCCAAGGUCGGAAAACGGUACACAAAGAACAUGAAUAUAUUUGACACUGGUGUUGAUCCAAAUCCUGUCUUCAGAUCAUUCCUGCUGCAGUUGAUGAUGAAGUCGAGAAAUGAGAAAUACGUUUCCAAAUAUCUAAGCCAGUACAUUGAAGAGACCAAUUUGGGUGUGGACGUCAGCACCAGAGAGAUGAUAGACAUGUAUUUGCUCAUCAUACACUGUUGGGAGGAUACACAAUUCCAUUCUUUGGAGCAAAGUGGAGAAUCGAAAUCGCUGAUUGUUUGCCAUUCUCUGGAAAGCGCUGUCAGAGUAAUGAACAACCCCGCAGAACUAACUGACCUAUUGUCAGCUAUUGCAUCAACAAGAGCUUGUUUAGAAGUAGCAGCACAGUGCCUCGUUAGAUGCUUAUCACAUGGUGCUAGCAUUCAAACAUUAUCACCCUACGAUCGGAAAAUAAUACAAGCUGCUAAAUUGCUGUGUGAAAAUGCACUAACAAAUUGGCCAAAGGUUUACUUGGUGAAGCUGUUGUGUCGACGGUAUGGUAUAGAUGUGUAUCAGAGGUUGUCAAGGUCAGCGGUAUCCAUCUUUAAAUGGCUGGCUAUUGAAGGCACUGAACAACAGACGGAGGUAUGCGACAGAUACAUCAUAUGCGGCGAUGCGUACACCAGUAUAAGGGAAGCAAUUGCAAGAGCUGUUAUUGGCGAAGACAUAAAAACGUUAGAAGAGUUACUGCAUGACAUUCACACACGAGGAGAGCUAGUGGAAACCUACUUGCAACUGGCCAUACACCGAGAGAUUACGUGCUCAAAUGUACGGCAGUCAGUGCGUGGACCUACGCACGGGUUGCCAAAGCUGAAUGAAUAUCUAGCGGCUUCAAAUAUGAUUCAAGACAAGGACCUCACGGGAAAUUUGAUAAACAAUGAACUGAAACCAGAUUUCCUCUGGAUGAGACCAGGAAAUGAUCUAAUGCACCAAGGACUACAGUGUUUACUUGCACAUUUCUGCAUUGUUAUAUCAAAACUUCAGACAGGUUCAACACUUCUUGAUCCACUGAUAAUGUUAACAAAUGGAAAUCCUAUUAUACAGAGCAUGUUGUUGCCAACCAUGCCACAAGACGAUCUUGAAGACAUCCAAGCUGCUGUGCUCGCAAAUCGAGGAAGCGAUAACCCUGUUUUCUAUCGUUGUCCGAAUGGUCAUCCUUACUUAAUAGGAGACUGUGGUCGGCCUAACUCUGUUGGAAACUGCCCUGAGUGUCGGCAGCAGAUCGGCGGGACUAGCCAUCAGGCGCUACCAGGAAAUGUAGUUAAUGCAAGGGGCGACUCAACACAGAUCGGCCAUAUACUGGGUCGAGCCAUCCACGGUGGAGUUAUGAGACCUGAACGGGACUUGAAUCCUACCUAUUGUACAGCCACGCGACUGUUCCUCCACAUGGCCAUGUAUCUGGGUCCUGUUCAACAGGUGAACGCUGUUAUUAAGCCUGAUCUUGAAGAUAAUCAGGUACCCGGUUUUUUGUUGGAUCACAUCAGAAGUAAUAUAAACGAUUUACAACGAGCUCUAGGACGAAGUGGAGACGAUGUCCUUCUACUCAUGCACAUAGCGAUAAACAUUAUGAUGAGGAUGAGAGAAACAAGGGUGUCACAAUCAGUAGCCAGAUUGUCCUCGAAAGCUAAUCGAAAAGCAUGGGAAGCAGACUUUUCUGCCCGAAUUCUACACGACGUCUUAGGGAAUGUGGAUGCUUUGCUGAGAAACUGGAAUAAUCGUCUUGCGACAGACCAAAGAUUGGGAGCUGAUCCUUUGAUGUGCCUCAUAUACGAAACCGAUAGUAGCCAAGAACUAGAGGACGCCAAGCAGCUGGUGAACAUUCCGAGGAUGUGGAGAUUCCGAACACCAAUCACUAUUGAGCACAUGCGCCAGACCCUCGCGUCCAAAGGUCACGAUGGGACCAGAACUAAGCCACCUCUUGUUCUUCAACGUUUCAUGAAUGAGGACUGCCUGCUGCAGGCCCUCAGAUAUAUACCAAAUAUUCUCCGUCUUCAACAAGCUCUACUCCAGAAAUACCAGAAAAAACUCGACAAACUGAAGCAAACUCGAUCAAAGUAAAAGAUUUAAAGAAAGG